CGGCAGUCACUUGCAUUUACAGCUCACUCAACGCGCUCUACGCGCUGGAAGUUCAAUUGCCUUGAGGCGUGUAUGCUAUUGUGGGCGGCGCCUGCCACGAGUCGACUGACAGGCUGCGUGGGGGCUGUCGCAGUCUCAAUCCCCAAAGUCGCGACACCAGAAAGCCGUCAACGGUCUCAGAAACGCGUCUCGGCUUGCUCGCCGCAUCUGCCAAGCAGCUUCAGGUCUUCGUUUCAAUACAAGCCUUGCGCCACAGGUGAUCGAAACUCGUGGUCGUUCAUGCAUGUCUUUGCGGGUGUCUGCUGUUCAGGCUAUAGAGCCUCACAGCUUGGCUUUCACAUGUUAAUCUACUGUCGAGGAACCUACCGGUACUGUAUGGAUUGAGAGAGGUGAUGUUUGGCUAGGCACAGAAUUUGAAGAGGAGCGUACUGCAAGUGCUUUCGUGCAAGCCUGACAUUGUUUGGCAAUCAGUGCAUGUUCAAAGCAGAGUUGCAGCCUAGGUAAAGUAGCUGCGGCGUGUAGCCCAGCCUUCGUACCUAGCUGUUUAGGAAGAGAACCCAAUUCUUUAC